UUGAUUUAAAAAUGUUCUAUUUGAUUUUCUUGUGUGCAUUAAGUCUGGUCAAUGCAAAUGAUUGCUUGCUUAACGAUGGGCAUAUCGAUGGCUCUAAUAGCUUUUAUCGCUUAGCAAAACCACUUUUGUUAUUUCUACCCACAAUGCAAAAGCGAUUGGAAUCCUGUGAAACUCUGAAGCCACCUUAUGCUCAAGAGAGAUUGGAUAAAAUAGAAAUGGCAAUGAACAAAUUGCAAUUGAGUGCCGAUAAGCAAAUUCAAUCAUUGCUCUCCUGGAAAUCAGAAGUCGAAGCAAAGCACGUGAAUACCGAUAAAGAAUCUCUCGUCGAAUGCCAAAUGGAGAUGAGGAACAAAGUACUACAAGUGCAGGACAAGUCCGAUGCACUUGCAAUUUGUGAAUCAAAAAUCGAAGAAUUCAACUUUCAACGUAAUACUAUGAAGACAAAAUCGAAUAAAUUCGAACAAAUUGGCUCGAAAUAUUACUAUAUUGAAAGACAGAAAAAAGAAACUUGGUUUGGCGCCUUGCACGCAUGUCAUCGUUUAGGUAGUCAUCUGGCUAGUCCUCAGAAUGAAGAAGAACUGGAUGGACUUAGCAAUUUAUUAAAAACUUCAGGUAAUAACUAUUGGCUAGAUGUCCAUAAUCACGUAAACCAAAAUGAAUAUAUAUCGGUGACAACUGGUGAAAAAGCCAAAUAUCUUAAAUGGAACAAUAAUGAACCAAAUCAUGGGCAAAAAGGUGAGAAUUGUGUGGAAUUGAAACCGAAUUUGGGUAAAAUGAACGAUCGAGUGUGUAUGGAGGAAAUUUAUUUUAUAUGCGAGGUCAAAGUUUAAA